CCUGACCGACAGCCCCCUCUGAGACAAUCUACCAGGAUUUAGAGAUUCUGGAUCCAGAGACUUUGAACGAUUACCACCCAUUGGCUGCAUACCAAGUUGCUAGAACUUUGAUGGUGACCCCAAGGACUUGGCUACUGCAGUAACUUGAAAUGGCUUUGUUGCCUCUGGUCCACAUAAAUCCCAAACUCGUCCGUAAGAUUCGGCUGACCAAAGCUCCUGAAACUAUAGAGGAACUGUACAAUGAACUGCGUCAAAAACUUGAACUUGUGGGUGAAUUCUGUAUACAGUAUGAAGACUCUGACUUUGCCCAGGCAGUUUGCAACCUGAUUGACAUAGCAGACUUACCUUCAGAAAAGGCUGUCUUGCAUAUUCUGUGGAGCAAUGAGAACCUGUCAUCACCAUCACCACCACCUCCAACACCAACUCGGUCGUCCUCCAUCUCUUCCCUUGACACAGCCAGCAUUGGAUCUCCAGACUCAAUCCACAGCUUAUCUUCAGUUGUGCGAACAUAUAGGAGGAACGUUUCACAGUGGCCCACUCCGUUCCCGAUACCAGAAUUCUCAUAUGAUGUUGAACUGAUACUCCGCAAGGGGAAUGAAACGUUUGAAAUGUUAGGGAAGAGUUUACAUGUAACCAGAGAUGUGAAAACACAGAUUCCGGACAAGUUGGCACAAGAAAUAUUUACUGUGAAAGCCUACCCUGACAAGCAUGAGUUUGAGUCUGUUGCUGCUGAACUUGUCAACAAACAUCCCUGCCUCAAAGAGCCUGGUGGUGGUACUGGAUAUGCGGGAUGGACAAUCAGCAUAAAGUACAAGAUGGAGAACUACAGAACAAAACUACGUCAAGCUGGUUGUAAUGAGGUUGGUAUCAACAGGAGAACAAGAAGGGAGGUGGUGGAUGAUCAUGGUGUCAACAGGCGAAGAAGAGAUGACGAUGGGGAUGAUGAUCCAGAGGGAAGGUUUUCCUUGAAAAAACCAAAGCGAGGUGAGGUCAAACAUGUACCAGAUCAUCCUGAAAGCUACACUCGGGAUGACUUGGAAGACCUGAGGUCUUCCCUGGUUGAAGCCAUGAACAAGAAAAACAAGGACAUGGAGUUCAUCAGCCAGAAGAUGGACAUCACAUUCUCCUUUAGGAGAAUGGAGAUUGUAGAGAUGGAACCCAUGGUCUCAGAAGUUCUGGAGAGGUGGCCUGGUCUAUUUCUUGAAGAACAGAUUUGUCAAGAGUUCAUUCGUGUGACCACCAAGGACCUGAUGGGAACAUUUAAAACUGCCCUUGAGAUGUUCACCCCUCGUCUGCUGAAAUUGUAUCGUGCCAGGAAGGGCGCCUUUAGUCGAGAGAUGGAAACCCUUUUGGAAAUGCUUGACAAACAGACAUCCGACAUCACAAGUCAUCGCAGACAGACAGCUGUGGAAGGUCUUCCCAUAUUUCUACGGGAGAAUACUGAGAAGCUUUUCUGUAGAUGCCUGGUGAGUGCAGCUUGGAAGACCUUCAGUUUUUAG